AUGAUGUUCAGACCCUCUCUUUUCCAUCUGCUCUUCUACUGUGCAACCCAGACACUGGGUGUCAAGAUCCAGUCUGAACCAGAAGUCAGCGGUGAGGGUGUCAUACAGACAGAGCUGCAGAGAACAGUGACUCUUCUCUGCCUGCCUGACGGCGGCUCUGAGACUCAGGCUGACGAAGAGCUGGUGUGGCUGAGGAAUGGCGCUGUGGUCAUUCUGAGGGAAGAAAACAAGAAGGGUCGCAGCAGCGUGUGUGUUACACCCGUCAUCCAUGAAGAUAACGGUGCCACUUUCACCUGCCACCUGAGCAGAAAUGCCACAAUUAGGGCCUCAGUCACCCUGAAUGUCACAUAUCACCCACAGCUCUCUGGGUCAGAGGAGGUUGCAGUAGAAGAUGAGUCAGCGCUAGUCCUGCGGUGUGAUAUCUGGGCCAAUCCACCGGUCUCAUCUGUGUUGUGGACACUAAAUGGAAGCGCAGUGGAUCUAUUUGCAGGUGGUUUCACGGUGACCAAUGACGGCUUUACAAGCCAGCUGACUGCCAGCAGCGUGGAGAAAAGCGUGCAUGAAGGCACGUAUCAGUGCACAGCUAACUCUCCCGUCUAUGGAGAACACAGCAAGCGCUUUCAAGUCACAGUAACAGAAAAGACCAUGAAGUUCCCACUGAUGCCCAUGAUAGCGGGGCUGGUGGUGGUGAUCUUUACUGCACUUCUUGCUGUGGUUUCACGGUGGAGCAAAAUCACAAAGGUAACGUACAAAACAUACACACAUAUGGCUCAGGGACUGACUCUGAAUCAUUGCAAACCAAACCCACUAAUGCUUUAUGUCUCUUUUGACAGUGCUGCAAGUAAGUUGUGUCAGUUGGUCUCUGCUUCACCAAAUGAGGCCAUGAAGAUACCACCCCUCUCGACUGAGUGCAAGAGACUGUGAUCGCCCAUUUAUGUAGCCCCGUUUUUAAUUUUAUAUGAUAUUUAAAAAGAAAGGUUCAGCAUUUUAGGAAAUGCAUCUCUUCGCUUUCUUGCUGAGAUUUUGAAGACAAAUCCCACAUCUGUCUGUGAAACGUGAAGCUACAGCACAGCGGCUGGUUAGCUUGGCUUAGCAUAAAGACUGGAAUCAAAGGGAAACAGCUAGCCUCGCUCUGGUCAGAGGUAACCCCUUAUAAAACUAGAGUGGGUGGUUUAUAAACAAAAGUUAAUGUGUUAAUUAAUGAGCUUUAUAAGUGCUGGAAGGUGAAUUUUACUUAACUCUAGAAUCAGAAUAGCUAGACCUAUUUCUCCUGUUUCCAGUGUUUGUGCUAUGCUAAGCUAAAGAGCUGCAGGGAGUAGCUUCGUAUUUACCAUAGAGUCGUAGGAGUGUUAGCAAUAUGACUCUCGACAAUAAAGCAAAUAAGCAUUUUUCCUAACAUGUCUUUUAAAAUCUACUGUCUACUGUACUAGCUGUUGUUCAUUUAUUUGACCAUUGAUUAUGGCAGCAGGAUCUGUGAAGUUUGCUACAAUACCUUGAGAUGAUCCUUAAACCUGUUAUUUAAUCGUGUGAUGCGCCCUGACCCUGUGAUGCAAAAGUGGGUUUUAAGUCUCCAUCACCUCUUUUCUUGUUGAUAUCUUUGGAAUAAA